AUGACGCUGUACUACUCGAUCGUGUUUGCGCUCCUUGUGCUGGAGAUGGCCAUGUUCAUGGUGCUGAUUGUGCCGCUGCCGUUCUCGGCGCGGCGCAAGCUCUUCCGCUUCCUCGCCACGAGCGAGAUCGUGAGCCGCAUCAACUACUGUAUCCGGAUCACGUUCAUCUUUGUGGCGGUCCUCUUUAUCGAUGCGUUCCAGCGCAUGAUCAAGGUGUCGAAGGAGACGAACCUCGGCGACCACCACCAGGGCUACCACGACCUGCGCAACGAGACCAACUACCACGCGAAAAAGUUCUAUGCGCAGCGCAACGUCUACCUCACGGGCUUUACGCUGUUCCUCAGCCUCAUCCUCGCGCGCACGCACUCGCUCGUGCUCGACCUGAUCAACGCGCAGGAGGAACUCGUCUCGAGCACCAGUGGCGCGUCGCACUCCGACGACAUCGCCACCAUGAAGAAGCAGAUGGCCCAGCAGCAGGCCGAGUACAACCGCCUCACGGACGAGCUCGCUCAGGCCAAGGCCGCCGUGUCGGACAAGAAGGCUGACUAG